CCGGGCACUCGCCAAAUCUCAAAAUAAAAAAAAAAAAAAACAAAAAACAAAGAAAAGAAAAAAUGUAUAUUCUGGAAAUCAAUCUGUAGAAAUAGAACUGUCUGUCUGCCAUAGAAAAGCGUCCUGCCAAUUUUCAACCGCGUAAGCCUAAACUUCUCCAGUUCUUGGUAAUUAGCCACCAAAUCCUCCGAAAGCAGAAGAGGAAAAUGGCAUGCUAUGCAUCGGUUGGCAACUGGAUGACAGUACGCUCUCCUCUUCCAGUGAUUAAAUUAUUCAGGAGUAGUAACAGUAUUAGAUUGAAGAAGGACUAUGAAUAUAGUUUCUCAAAGCAAAUUUUCUGUUUCCAAAGCCAAAAUUUGAGGGAGAAGAAACAAGACGUUUACUAUGACAGCCUGAGAGUUCUGGAAUGGGAUAAAGUUUGUGAUUUGGUCUCCUCUUUUGCCGGUACUUCCUUAGGUCGUGAAGCCACUAAGGCGCAAUUAUGGUCUUUGAAUAAGAGCUACGAGGACAGUUUGAGACUUUUGCAAGAAACCAAUGCGGCUUUGGAAAUGCACAAGCAUGGUGCUUGCCGCUUGGACUUUAUUGGCAUGGAUCUUCAACUGGUGAAAUAUGCUAUAAGUAAUGCACAGAGGGGUCUGCCAGUCGGUGCAAAUGAAGCUUUGGCUGUUACAACUAUGCUAGAAUUUUCCAGUUUUUUGAAGCUUAAUCUUGAAGCUGCAAUCAGGGAAGAUGCUGAUUGGUACAAUCGCUUUAUGCCUCUUUCCCAAAUGAUAUUAGAGAUGGCUAUAAAUCGACCAUUAGUUAGGAUGAUACGGCAAGUUGUUGAUGAAGAUGGCUCUGUCAAAGACUCUGCUAGUUCUGCACUGAAAAGAUCACGUGAUCAAGUUCGGAUACUUGAAAAAAAGUUGUCUCAGUUAAUGGACAGCAUAAUUAGGAAUGAUAUGAAGGAAGCAUCCUUUCUGGAAGUGAGUAAUGUCGACGGCAGAUGGUGUAUAAAAUCAGGGACUAAUCAGCUGACGAGUUUCAGGGGUCUUUUGUUGUCCAGUGAUUCAGGAAGGGGAAGCAUUUUAGAACCACUCUCAGCAGUUCCUUUAAAUGAUGAAUUGCAAAGAGCAAGAGCAUCAGUGGCAAAAGCAGAAACGGAUGUCCUACUGAUGUUAACAGAAAAGAUGCAAAAGGAUCUUGAUGACAUUGAAAAAAUAUUGAACAUUGUAAUUCAACUCGAUGUGAUCAAUGCCCGAGCAACUUAUAGUCUUUCAUUUGGAGGUGCAUGUCCUGAUUUGUAUUUCCCAGAGGACGUUGAUGGAUCUUUCCCUGUUGCAGCUUCAGAGAAGCAAGCUUCAAAGGCCUCAUGCCCCUUGAGGAGAGAAUGGAUAUUGUAUAUGCCUAAAGCUCAUCACCCUUUAUUACUUCAGCAGCACAGACAAAAUCUGAAGAAGGCGCGGAAGGCUGUCAGUGAUGCUUCCGCUGAAAUCAAGAGAAAAUUCCAAGGAAACAAUGGUGCAUGGAAAGGAGAAACAGAUAUCGAGCUUUCAUCCCUAGAAAUGAAGGUGUCUGCACUGGAACAAGCUCAUCCGGUUCCAGUUGAUAUUUUUAUUGCUCAGACGACAAGGGUCCUAAUUAUAACUGGCCCCAAUACUGGGGGAAAAACCAUUUGCUUAAAGACAGUUGGAUUGGCUGCUAUGAUGGCAAAAUCAGGUCUUCAUGUUUUGUCUUCGGAAUCUGUACAACUUGCAUGGUUUGAUUAUAUUUUAGCUGAUAUUGGUGAUGAACAGUCCUUGUCCCAGUCUUUGUCUACAUUCUCUGGCCAUUUAAAACAAAUAAGUGACAUUCGAUCUCAGUCGACAAAUCGGUCACUGGUGCUACUGGAUGAAGUUGGUGCUGGGACAAAUCCACUUGAAGGAGCUGCAUUGGGGAUGUCACUGCUUGAAUCAUUUGCUGAUAGUGGUGCUUUGUUGACAAUCGCUACAACACAUCAUGGGGAACUUAAAUCCCUCAAAUACAGUAAUGGUGCCUUUGAAAAUGCUUGUAUGGAGUUUGAUGAAGUGAAUUUAAAGCCAACUUACAAGAUUCUCUGGGGAGUACCAGGUCGUUCAAAUGCCAUCAAUAUAUCUGAAAAAUUGGGACUACCAGGGAUAGUUAUCAGCAAUGCUCGAGAGCUAUAUGGUACUGCUAGUGCAGAGAUUAAUGAGGUUAUAAUUGAUAUGGAAAGGUUCAAGCAAGAUUUUCAAGAGCUUUUACACGAGGCACAACAUCAUUUGAUGCUCUCAAGAAACCUUCAUGAAAAGUUACUGCAGUCCAGAAAGAAGAUCAUGGAGCAUGGUUCUAGUCAAAGAUUCAGGAAGAUGCAAGAAAUAUCUGAGGCUGCUGCAAUGGCUCGCUCUAUCCUUCACAGGAAAGCACGGCAGCUUCGUGCACGCUUAACAAAACCUUCUCAGCCCCCUACAGCCAGUAAAAGACAACAUUUGGCAAUUGACCAACAUACUACAGAAGAUAAGAAUGAACAUACUGCAGCAAGUGGACAUUCAUCUGCAGUUGAAAUCAGAAAACACUCGCUAUCAGUGAGGAGGACUAAGCUUCCUCAGGUUGGUGAUACAGUGCAAGUUUUAUCGCUAGGCAGGAAAGCAACAGUUUUAAAGGUGGAUAAAUCUAAAGAAGAAAUAGUAGUUCAAGCUGGCAGCAUGAAGUUGAAAUUGAAAUUAAUGGAUAUUAACACUUGAAUGGAUAUAUGUCCAGGAUUUGGAGUUGGCUGUUUUCUGAAAAUGUCAAAGAUAUUUCACUAGAGUCAUUUCCAAGAAACAUUAGCUUUGAAGGGUCAAGGUAACUAUAAUAAAAAAUUUGAAUUCUGCAUUUCUCUGUGUUUUUGUUUGUCUGGAUGCUAUAUUUGUCUGGAUGCUAUACGUGGAAUACAAAGUCAUCUUUAGAUAGUUAUUUUGGUGUAU